GGCAAAUGGCCCAUUGGAAUUAGUCAUAGCUAAAUAUUAAUACAGAAACCAGAGUUUGGUUCUGCAGAAAGUUCCGAGGAGAAAAGAAAUGGCAGGAAGAUUGAGCAACGUAGCGUCACGUAUAAUGGGCGGAACUGGCGUCGUAUCGCGCUCCGUCGCCUCUUCUUUUCGACUCCGUUCCGGUAUGGGUCUCCCUGUCGGCAAACAUAUCGUUCCCGACAAGCCCCUUCCUGUAAAUGACGAGCUAAUUUGGGACAAUGGAACUGCAUUUCCAGAACCUUGUAUUGAUCGAAUCGCUGAUACCGUCGGAAAGUAUGAGGCAUUAGCUUGGAUGUGUGGAGGCUUGAGCUUCUUUGCAUCGUUGGGAUUUUUGGCUUGGUGGAAUGAUAAGGCCUCCAAGAUUCCAUUCGCACCAAAAGUAUAUCCAUAUGACAGCCUGCGAGUGGAGCUUGGUGGAGAACCGUAGGUAGAUCCAUAUGCAAAGUUCUAUACAUCUAUUGUUCGUUUCACUUGUGUCCUCUGUUCUUUAUUGGUUUACUUUUGGAACUUAAAAACAAUUAAAUAAUGGAUUCUGUGGGCUUGUUGCUGAAACUAACAUUUUGAAAUUUGAACAAAUAACCCAAUGUGUUUUGGUUCAUAAAA